GAGGUGCAGCAGGCAGGCUGCGGGAGCAGCAGCCCGGAGGAGGCUGUGGCUUUGGGGCGCUGCUGCUGGGAGGAGCGGGCAGGCUGGGGGCAGGAUGCCGUGCCCGCAGGAGCCCCCGCCGUGCUGCCGUGCCUUGCCCUGCCCUGGGCAGCUGCCAGCCCUCAGCUCCUCUGAUUGGGUGCUGCCAGAGGCUGAUUACAAACGCUGAUGCCGCUUCUGCGAGCCUUUCCACUUGGAGGAGAAAUCUCUUAUCCCCACCCCCGAGCCCACCUCUAGGAUGUAAGUAAUGGUGAGAAGAUGAAGAUGAAAACAGUGCGGUGUGAGUGACUGGAAAUCCAGCGGUCUGGUUUAGCUGCAGUGUUGAGUAGGUGUCGUCUUCAGACUUCUUACCUUUGGUUUUUCGGCACAAACUGCACAACUGCUUGCAGGUUUCCGAAGGCUGUGAAAGGACUUCCCGUUUGUGUGUUAGUGUUUUCUGUGUACCAUCGUAUUACCUUGCUUUUUCCCUGGACAGCUGUGUUCAGAGCUUCAUGUGGAAAUCUUUCUGUUGAAGAGAGAUAAAAAGGCUCCUUAAUCUGAUUCUCUUUGGAUCUUUCUAUUUUUAUGGUAUAAAUUUAUCUAUUCAUGGGGCUGAAAAGCGUGUGCAAGUCUGUCAGAGGAGAACUGCAGCAAGCUACCCAGUGUCACAGCAUCCACCUGUGGAUGGGCAUCCCUCGAUCCCACAAGCCAGAGGGUCAAUAAAAAUGGAAGCCUCAUCUUCUGGGUCUACGAUUUCAUCAGUCACUGGUGGAAAAGCAAAAUCCCAUCAGCCAGAAGGAAGAGAGGAUUUGCAGGUUAACCAGCUGGAAACGCAAAUAUGGAUAAAACCAGACAUACAGAAGACAGAUGUGGACUUUUCAGAAAUUCUUAAUGCAAUACAAGAAAUAGCUAAGGAUGUCAACAUUUUUUUUGAUGAGUUAGAAGGUGUAAACAGCCCUUCCAAAGAUGAUGAUUCCCUGCUUCACCAUGGUAACUUGACCAGUACUUCUGAUGAUGCCAGCAGGCUGGAAGUUGUGGGAGAGGAAGUACCUGAUAAGAACAAAACCAACGGACUGUAUUUUAGAGAUGGGAAAUGUCGGAUUGACUACAUCCUUGUGUAUAGAAAAUCCAAUCCACAGACAGAGAAGAGGGAAGUAUUUGAAAGAAAUAUCAGAGCAGAAGGACUUCAAAUGGAAAAAGAAUCAUCCCUAACAAACAGUGACAUCAUCUUUGUGAAACUGCAUGCCCCUUGGGAGGUCCUGGGCAAAUAUGCUGAACUAAUGAAUGUAAGAAUGCCUUUCAGGCCCUUUAACCCCUUCAAUGCUGGAGCCCCCUGCAUACUUGUGCGGUGCUGUUUUUUAAAUGGACAUUUCAUUGAAAUCAAUGGGAGGUCGAGAAGAUCCAGGAGAAAAAUCUAUUACCUGCAUCGCCGAUACAAGUUCAUGAAUAGGAUCGAGAAACAGAUAAGCAGGUUCCGAGGAUGGUUACCCAGAAAGCCAAUGAAACUGGAUAAGGAAACACUGCCAGAUCUGGAGGAGAAUGACUGCUAUACUGCUCCAUUCAGCCAACAAAGGAUCCAUCACUUCAUAAUACACAACAAAGAUACUUUCUUCAACAAUGCUACAAGAAGUAGAAUUGUACACCAUAUCUUACAAAGACUGAAAUAUGAAGAAGGGAAAAACAAAAUUGGUCUGAAUCGAUUGCUCAGUAAUGGCUCCUAUGAAGCUGCAUUUCCUCUUCAUGAGGGAAGUUACAGAAGUAAGAAUUCAAUAAAAACCCAUGGAGCAGAAAACCACAGACACCUGCUCUAUGAGUGCUGGGCUUCCUGGGGAGUGUGGUAUAAAUACCAGCCAUUGGAUCUUGUAAGACGGUACUUUGGUGAGAAAAUUGGGCUGUACUUUGCCUGGUUAGGCUGGUACACAGGGAUGCUCUUCCCAGCUGCCUUCAUUGGAUUGUUUGUCUUUUUGUAUGGAGUCACCACUUUGAACCACUGCCAAGUCAGUAAAGAAGUCUGCCAAGCUACAGAUAUCAUUAUGUGUCCUAUAUGUGAUAAAUACUGCCCCUUCAUGAGGUUGUCAGACAGCUGCAUUUAUGCCAAGGUAACCCACCUUUUUGACAAUGGAGCUACUGUCUUUUUUGCUGUUUUCAUGGCAGUGUGGGCCACUGUUUUUCUGGAAUUUUGGAAAAGAAGGCGAGCAGUAAUUGCUUAUGAUUGGGACUUGAUAGACUGGGAAGAAGAAGAGGAGGAAAUACGUCCGCAGUUCGAAGCCAAAUACUCCAAGAAAGAACGAAUGAACCCCAUAUCUGGGAAGCCAGAGCCUUAUCAAGCAUUUGCAGAUAAAUGCAGCAGACUCAUCGUUUCUGCAUCUGGAAUAUUUUUUAUGAUCUGCGUGGUGAUUGCUGCUGUUUUUGGCAUUGUUAUUUACCGUGUUGUGACUGUCAGCACUUUUGCUGCCUUUAAGUGGGCUUUAAUCAGGAAUAACUCUCAGGUUGCAACUACAGGAACUGCAGUGUGCAUCAACUUUUGCAUCAUCAUGCUACUGAAUGUGCUGUAUGAAAAGGUUGCUCUUUUCCUGACAAAUUUAGAGCAGCCUCGCACCGAAUCGGAGUGGGAGAACAGCUUCACUCUGAAAAUGUUUCUUUUUCAGUUUGUCAAUCUGAACAGCUCUACCUUUUAUAUAGCAUUCUUCCUUGGAAGAUUUACAGGACACCCUGGUGCCUACUUAAGGCUGAUAAACCGGUGGAGGCUGGAAGAGUGCCACCCUAGUGGAUGCCUUAUUGACCUCUGUAUGCAAAUGGGUAUUAUAAUGGUGUUAAAGCAGACAUGGAAUAAUUUCAUGGAAUUGGGAUAUCCGCUAAUUCAAAACUGGUGGACCAGGAGAAAACUACGGCAGGAGUAUGGCACACAGGGAAAAACAAGCUUCCCACAGUGGGAAAAGGACUAUAAUCUGCAGCCUAUGAAUGCUUAUGGACUCUUUGAUGAAUACCUAGAAAUGAUUCUUCAGUUUGGGUUCACAACCAUUUUUGUGGCAGCUUUUCCACUGGCACCACUUCUGGCCUUACUAAACAAUAUUAUUGAAAUUCGGCUUGAUGCUUACAAAUUUGUUACUCAGUGGAGAAGACCUUUAGCUUCAAGAGCCAAAGAUAUAGGCAUCUGGUACGGGAUCCUGGAAGGCAUUGGAAUCCUUUCUGUUAUCACAAAUGCAUUUGUUAUAGCAGUGACGUCAGAUUUCAUCCCUCGCCUUGUUUAUGCUUACAAAUAUGGACCUUGUGCUGGCCAAGGAGAAGCAGGACAAAAGUGUAUGGUUGGCUACGUUAAUGCCAGUUUAUCAGUAUUUCUGGUGUCUGACUUUGAAAAUCGUUCAGAGCCAACAUCAAAUGGAAGUGAAUUCUCUGGUUCACCAUUAAAAUAUUGCAGGUACAGGGACUACCGAGACCCUCCUCACUCCCCAGUGCCGUACGGUUACACACUGCAGUUCUGGCACGUCUUAGCAGCGCGCUUGGCUUUCAUCAUUGUCUUUGAGCACCUUGUCUUUUGCAUAAAGAAUCUGAUCUCCUACUUAAUUCCAGAUCUUCCAAAAGAUCUGAGAGAUAGAAUGAGGCGAGAAAAGUAUCUGAUUCAGGAAAUGAUGUAUGAAGCUGAACUAGAACGUCUGCAAAAAGAGCGGAAGGAAAGGAAAAAGAAUGGAAAAUCUUAUCACAAUGAGUGGCCAUGACAGGAUGAGGAAGAAACUGCUUAAAAGAAGAACUCUUGUUUAUAAAAAAAUCCUGGUUUUCUACAGCAGAAAGUGCACUGAAAGGAAUAGUCAGUAAUGCUGUGUGCACUUCGCGCAUGUGUGCCCCUGUUCAAAAGGGUGGAUUUUGUCAUAAGCCUUUUGAAAUUAGAGGUGUUUCCAAGGCUUAGUCUUCUCCAGAGCUGAUGUCAACAUGAGCACAUCAGACCAAUACUAAGUCACUGCACUCUUGCCAGGAAGCUCCAAGGCCCUGACUAAAACUCGAGGCCCUGAACUUCAAAGCAGUUAUCCAACUUACAGUGCUUUACAGAACUUGGUGAUCUUACGGCUCACUCUCAUGAAGUUGCUACUUCACAAGCAGUGACUGCGCCUUGGCAACGUGGCAGUGUUUGUCCGUGUGUGUGGCCACCACCUGCAGCACGUGCAUGGCAGCGUUGCUCUCUUCCACAGUGGACCCAAUGCGUUAGUUUGCAUUUGCCACCAGUUAAGGUCACAUAGGUGGACCAUUUCCAUUACUCAACAACAAUGAAGCAUUAUCUAGAAGGAAAUGCAUGAUCACGAGUCUGAUCAACUGCUCUAACAAUGCUGAAAAAUGUAGGCAUCAGAAGUGCAGUGCAGACAGGUAGCCGAGCAUCUAAAUAUGGCCAGAGUUAUCUAGCUGUAGGGUCAUUUAUUUGGAAAUGACACUGUGAAAAGUUGGUAAUAUAUGUUAAAGAUUUGAACAGUGCCUUUUCAGCUAUAGGACUCUCUGGUGUCUGAAGGAAUCAAAUCAGGUUAGGGCAUCUUGCCCAGGACUGCCCAUGUAUUUGUGUUGCCAGAUCACAUUGAGGCCUAGUCAGGAAUUAGGGUGUACUUACACACAUAACAGAUGUCAGAUGGUGUCUUAAAGACCUGUCUGCAUAAGUAAAACAGACAGAAAAAAAGACAGAUGAACAAGGUCAGCAGAAUCAAACACCGUCAUCCAGAAUAUCUACGCUUGUAGCACUUUCUGCAUUCAUCAUUCCAUUACCUAUGAAGGGGUGGAGGGAAAAACCAAAACAACAGACAUGAAACAGCUUGAAAUCCUUAAUGCUGAGCAAUUCUACACAGGCUGCAAAUUAGACUUGGGUGAAAUAAGCCACUGUCAAUAUCCUUUAGCAAAUUCCUUCGUACUGAGAAAUUUAAAAUUUCUGAUUUAAUUAAGAAAUUAAAAAAAUUCCAGACUAUUAACCCAAAAGAGUGGACUCGUAGCUUUGAAGACAUCAUAACUGUUGGAUGGACAACAUGAAUCAAAAUACUGAGUGUUGUGAAAGCUCUUCUAUCAGUUGUUUCCAAAAGUUAUUCUGGAAGCAAUUUGAUAGAAGGAGUAGAAUUCGCCCUUCUGGACAGAUCACACAAUGCAAGCUUCUAUGGAUGGAUACCUCAAGCUCCACAUGCCACAGGACUAUUUGCACCAUGACAAAUAUCACCAAAUUAGAGUAAAGAGAGGGAUGAAAGAAAAUGUGAGCACCCUCCUCUCUGUAGACACUGCCUGCCUACACAAAAAAACAAGGAAUCUCCUUCAGUAGCAACCCACUAUCCCACCUGAAGAGGAUAAAGGACACAGCAGUUCCCUUUUAUCAGCUGUUCCUGACCCAAGCCUGAAAGUCCCAUGAGACAACAUGAGCACUGAAGGAAUUUUAGGAUUAGUCUUUUCUGUGUUGGCUCAGUGCCAAACUGAGUGGGGAGCACCACUAGGAGUUGUGGGGUAAAUUCCUGAUUAAUGGGGAAGUGAACUUGUUCAUCUUUGCUUCUGCUUACAGCAGCUGUGGACACAUCCCAUGGGACAGUGGGAAAUAGGAGUGUUUCUAUCUCUGUAAAUAGGGGUGGGGAUCAGGCAAUGUUGACCUCCAAUACACACAUGCCAGAUGGGUUAGUAUUUACCAUCCACCACCUACAGUUGCAGCCUGGCGACUUUGGGGCAGGAUCUCUGGGCAAAAUUAUAUUCAGACCAAAUUCUCAUGAAUAACUGGAUUAUUUUGGAUACCCUCUGUUUAAUGUCUAAGCCAACAAAUGACCAGAGCUUAGAAACUGCUAAGUAGUAAAGUGAGACAUGAGCCAUGCAUAAAAUCAGUGUCACCCAUAUGAGCAAAAUGGACCUUUGCAAAUCCCUGCAGUAAGAUGCUGCUUUGUCAAUUUAGGUCUCAGUAACUUCUGAGAACUGAACUGAAACAGAGUAGAAUAGAAACUAAUUUCCACUCCAGAGAAACCACUGCAAUAAAAUGUGCCAAAACAAAUAACACACAGCAGAAAUGCAAUAGAUAAUAAUUGUUUUUGAGAGUAGUUUUCAAGAUAGCUCCAUUAUGAUGAAUUUUCCUGACAACACAUUGCUGGAAGUUGUGUCUUUCUCUGCUCUAAAUGACACCACAGGUUGGCUGCUUGCCAAGCUUGUGCUCAGUAUGAUGCUGCAAGGGGCUCUGACCUCCAUGGCAGACCCUGAGUAUAUCUCUGUCUAGAGCUUGACCAGUCAACCUGUCAAAGUUUCUCUGCUGCUGGUCUGAUGAAUAGAUUUCCCUGGAGUCCUUCAGAGCUACAUAGCAGAACACUCAGGAAAGAUGUCCCCUUUUUCUUGAUUAGAAAAAUAAAAUAUAAAUAAUAGUAUAAUAAUAAAUAGAAUUUUAAUAGUCUCUAGAGAACUAAUUUAUGCCAUUCUCUUCCUGAUCUGAUGAUGGGUUUUGUUUAGAUCUCCAUGUGACAGUCCUGUAUGUUGUUUACUUAUUCCAGCUCCACAAGAGCACUACCUUCAAGGGAAUGAGAAAGAAAUGCAACCUCAAUGCAUGGCACAGACAUUUUAUAUAGCAAGCAGGACAGCACACAACAGAGGAUUUACUGUGAAAUCAUCUUGCAAUCAGCAUAGAAUUGCUCUCUGUAGGCCAUUCUUGACAGCAGCAUGUACUUCAUGAGCAGUUACACACCAGUUUUUAAAACCAAGGGAAAAAAAGUAUAUUGGGACUGUUUUUCAGCCCGUUUGUUAAGUUUUUUGCAUUCUGUCCCAUGCUGGUUUUACAGAUCUUAGAAUAAAAAUGUAAAUGAACAACCUGGAUACUCUGACAAAAGAAAAAUCUAGGAUUAGAACAUCGUCUACAUUCAAGCCACCAAAUACUAUGACAGAAACCGUGUUUACAAAUCAGUUCUUUUUUAUUUUAAAUCUUUCUGAGGGGAGUUACAUUAUUUACCAUAUAUAUUAUAUAUAUAUAUAUAUAUAAAGUAUAUAGAGAGAUUGUUUAUUUGUAAAUAGAAAAAUUCUAUGGAGAAGAAUGUCAAGUUUUCACACUUUAAAAAACAAUCAUCAACAUAAAGCCAUGUUUAAUGCUUGUAUAAUGUGAUGUAAUAAACUUUAAAAAUAAAUUAUGCACAUGAAAUAUU